AUGGCCGAUGAUAAAAAACCGGCAAUUGCCUAUGACCUUGCUUCGCAUCACGCGCUUGGAGGAGGAUCCUACGUCUUCAAGUCUGACUAUCCAAAUUACCUCAAAACGUUGUUGCCUUGUCCUGAACGCCGGACGGAGAUUAACAUCAUCAUACAACCCAACAGCUCUCCUCAUAUUGGAACAAUCUGUAGCCUGGGUCUAGCUUUCGUUGUUGCGCGUCGUAUGCUCGAUAUUGGGCUUGACGUUUCAGUAACCUGCGACUUAUGGGACCGGGCUAAGGGGAAGCAAAGCAAUAUUGAUGGAAUGAUCUAUCAGAAAAGCCUGCGCGAUAUUGGCCAAUUUCAACGAUAUCUCCCAGAUUAUGUUGAGAUUCUCAAUCUGCUUAGUGAAAGAUACCAUGUUCACUAUAAAUUACGAAUGGAAGAAGAGUUCCUAAGCAAUCCAGAAAUGCCUGAGGUUCUUCGUGAGAUUAUUAUGAAACGAGACUUUUACGCGCAGUACUUGGCACCUGAGACCAAAACCCUCGCCAUUCGAGCUGCAUGCCCCGAAUGCGGUCUUGUCGAGAAAUACGGAUUAAAAAACGGCUAUGCCGAAGAUGGUUCUAGCGUUUCAUUCGAGUGUCCCAUUCAUGGGCAGUUCUCUUACAGCACAAAGACUCAAACCAACCAGUUUCAGUUCAACUGUCAGCUCUUCAACCUCGUCCUAGCUUUGUUCUAUGAGCGAGUUUCGUACAACUACAUUGAGAUAUGUGGGGGGGACUACGCUGGAUUCUGGCAGGAACAGCUCAUGUGGCGGUUUCUAUCGAAACCCAUCAUUAUUGUUUAUACCCCUCUCAUAUCGGAUUGGUCAGGCUCUAAAAUAUCAAAGUCCCUUUAUCUGUCUGACACCGCAUACGAUUAUCUUCGCCACGCCGGGCUGAAGUAUUUACUCAGUUAUGAAUGUUUCCGAGAGGAAAGAAGGGAUUUAGCACUCCUAUGGAAAGAAAUUGAGCUUUGGGUAGAUCAACCUUACCGGCUCUUUCGGGGAUACAGUGUCCAUUAUAUGCACCUCCUGUUCGAAGAGGAAGAAAUGGUACUUGGAACAAUCCAUGACCAGUCAAAGGAGCCGGAGCAUGACUGA